UCCUGCUGGCAGCCAAGAUGGCUGCCCCCACGGUGAAGGUUGCGCUAGGGUGGUCCGGCUUGGGUCUCGGCGUGCGGAAAGCUGCCGUGCGGCUUCCAGGGCUAGUGCAGGUGAGGUGGAGCCGCUAUGGCCCUGAGUACCAGGAUCCCCAGACUGACAAGGAAUAUUACCGCAAGCCCUUGGCCCAGCUGACUGAGGAGGAGACGUAUGAGCGGGAGCUCAGGAAGACUCAGGUUAUUAAAGCUGCCCCAGCCACGAAAACAUGCUCUGUGUUUGAAGACCCAGUGAUCAGUAAAUUCACCAAUAUGAUGAUGAAAGGAGGAAACAAAAUACUGGCCAGAUCCCUCAUGACACAGACCCUGGAAGCUGUGAAAAGGAAGCAGUUUGAGAAGUACCAUGCUGCUUCUGCAGAGGAACAGGCAACCAUCGAACGCAACCCUUACACCAUCUUCCAUCAAGCACUGAAAAACUGUGAGCCUGUUAUUGGGCUGGUACCCAUCCUCAAGGGGGGCCAUUUCUACCAGGUCCCUGUGCCGCUGGCUGACCGGCGUCGCCGCUUCCUGGCCAUGAAAUGGAUGAUCACCGAGUGCAGGGAGAAGAAGCCCCGGCGGAUGCUGAUGCCGGAGAAGCUGUCUCAGGAGCUGCUGGAGGCUUUCUACAACCGCGGCCCUGUGAUCAAGAGAAAGCACGACAUGCACAAGAUGGCCGAGGCCAACCGCGCGCUGGCCCACUACCGCUGGUGGUAGAGUGUGGGCAGAGGGUCAGGGAAGACGGCACCGCGCCCUGCUGCCAGAAACAGCGUGAGCCGCUGCCACGCUGCAGAACGCUUGUGGGUUAAGGGUACCGUUCCCUCUUCCGGGCAGGCGGGCCUCCUACCAAGGACGGAGCCGCGUGUUUACUGCCUGUUCGUCGUUUCUUUGGGGGCUGGAACUCGCUCUCCCUGUCCCAUCUCCUUGGAAAGAGGGGGCAUAUCAAGUUGGAUUUCCUCCUAAGAAACCUAGGGCUCACCCAGCCUUCUUUUCCUUCAGCUUGGGGUGGACCUUUGGGUGAUACGAAAAGAAGCAGUUUUAGUGUCAGAAAGAGUUUAUUAGAAAAUUCUCGUCCUGAGCUGGUGUAACACGUGAUGUGGUAUUACGAUUCAUUAAAACCAACUGGAGAAAAUACACUCAGUUC